AUGGAGGCGGCGGCGCGCAGCGUGCAGAUCGAGUUCCCGCACUUCGCGGCCGCGCUGCUGGAGACGCUGAACAAGCACCGGCUCGAGGGCAAGUUCUGCGACAUCGCGGUGCACGUGCAGGGCCGCGUGUUCCACGCGCACAAGAGCGUGCUGGCCGCCGCCUCGCCCUACUUCCACGACAAGCUGCUGCUGCAGGACACCAGCUGCCUGGCGCUGCCCAGCGUCAUCGAGCCCGACGCCUUCGAGAACCUGCUGCAGCUCAUCUACUCCGGCCGCCUCAAGCUGCUGGUGGAGGCGCUGCCCAGCCACCUGCUGGUGGCCAGCGGGCUGCAGAUGUGGCAGGUGGUGGACCAGUGCUCUGCCAUCCUCAAGGAGCUGGAGGGCGGCCCCUACCGGCCCUGGUCCAGCCGCGCCAGCGAGAGCCAGUCCCCCAGCAGCAGCAACUACUUUGCGGUGAAGGAGGACGGGGAGCUGGGAGGCGGCGGGGAGCGCGGCAUGGCGGCUGUGGCCCGCGGGGUGCCGGGCUGCCCGGACGAUGAGGUGAUGAAGAUCCGGGUGUCCCAUGAGGAGGAGGAGGAGGAGGAGGAGGACAAGCACCCGGCCGGGAUCUGCAGUGGGUCCCUGGACAAGUCCAUGAAAAUCGUGCUGAAGGAUGAUGAGGAGGUCGGGCUCGGCGUCUCCAAGGGCCCGGCCUCCGCUGAGCCGGACGGCCCCUUCCCCAGCCCUCGAGACCACCCCAAAAUCUACUACAUCAAGCAGGAGCGCUUCGACCCAGAGGAGGCUGCAGUGGCGGCGCUGGGUGGUGGGGCCGGGGCUGUGGGCGAAGCCUGCUUUCUCAAGUCGCUGGCACAGGGCCGGGCGCUGGGCAUAGCCGAGGUGCACGGCCUCUACCAGGCCAGUCUGCCGCCAGGCAGCAGCAGCGAGGUCAGCUACAUUAUCCCGGCGGCAGGCAGCACUGCCACCAGCGCUAUCGCCUCCUCCUCCUCCUCGCUGGCCGCCCCCGGCUUCACCAUCAAGGCCCAGCCCCUGCCCUCGGACGAAGUCGGCUUCCCCCAAAGCUCCUGGAAGCCGGUGGACCUGCACGGCAACGAGAUCAUUGCGCACACGGUGCACGGGCAGGUGGUGCACGCGCCGGUCAAGAUCGUGGCGGCGCCUGACGGGAAGAAGUUCGGCUGCCUGUGUGGGAAGCGCUUCGCCGUGAAGCCCAAGCGGGACCGGCACAUCAUGCUGACCUUCAGCCUGCGCCCCUUUGGCUGCUCCGUCUGCAACAAGAAGUUCAAGCUCAAGCACCACCUCACCGAGCACAUGAAGACGCACGACGGGAACCUGUACUCCUGCGAGGACUGCGGGCGCAAGUUCCGUGUCCAGAACUGCUUCCUCAAGCACAAGGAGCUCUGCAAGGGGCAGGGCUGGGCCACUGCCUGCUGGACCUACAAGUAGACUGGGGCGGGCGGGGACAGCCCCGCGCCACAUCCCGCCAGGCCGGGCCCUGCCUGACCGCUCUGCCCCCCAUGCCUUUGGGUUCCCGGCCCCGUGGCCGGCGCCCUGGUGCUGGGGCACGUGGGAGCUGGCGAUUUGGGCCCUGCGGCUUCAGUGCUGCGAUGCUGGCCCCGGGAAGGAGGUGGUGCAGGGCGGUUGGGAAACACUAAGGGGGUAGCUGUGGGUGGGGGAGGGGGGAGCGUGUGCAGCCUUGUGCCAACCCGUUCUUGUAUAAACAGUUGCAGCCCGGCGUGGGGCCGUCCGGGA